AUGAACGAAAAUACAAUUAUAGCCAUCAUCAUCAUCGCCGUCCUCGGCUCCAUAGCAGGCGGCACAUUCUACAUCUACUAUCUUCACGCUAACGUCAAGAAAGAACUCACAAUAGCUCGCAUCGAGUCCCAGAGAGAACGAGAGCAGCAGCUAAAGGCCGUUGCAGCUACAAUGGAACAAGCGAGACGAGCGAGCCAGGCUCGUAGCUGUGCCCAAGCUCGUACCCAAAGUCGCCCUCCAAGUCGUGGUAGAAGUCGUCCUCGGUCACGUCCGCGCGAGGCUUCGUUGGGAAGGACCCAGGAUCAAGCUACGGGCAAGAAAGGCAAGAAAUGGAAGAAAACGCAAGACCAUGAACAACACCAAAAGCAGGAAGAGGCGCGGUCCCGAAGGAGUUCGAGGAAGCCUAAUCCCUCACGGGCCGGGUCUCUACGGACUACGCAAGGGGAAUGGGGAGCAUCAGGUGCUAUGCCUACGAGUGGAGGACAAUUUGGACAAUCUGAGAAUCAGCAGGGACAGGAUCCUUGGCCUGCUUCUGCGGAUAGCCGGGGAGAUGGCCAGUGGGGUGAUCAGACUCAGAAUGAUACUUGGGGUCAGGCAGGAAAUAAGACGCAGGGUGCGCCGGGCAAUGGGCAGGAUGGGAAUACUGUUUUGAACGGAGAUACAUGGGGUGAUAGCAACAAUAAUGAGCAGGGCAGUGGAGGAGGCCGCUGGAGUCCUCACAGAAACCAGAAUAAGAAUAAUGGGUCCCGAGACAAUUGGAACAGUGGCAGCAACAACAACAACAACAACAAUGACGAUAGUAGCGGCGGACAGCAGCAGAAUGUUCGGAAGUGGAAGAGUCACGAUGAUACAGCGAAUGUCCAAGACUCUGCUCAAAAGGAUGAUGAGAUACACUGGUGA